ACUGUUUUUAGUACCUCGAUCGCGUAAAUAACUUCAUAAAAAUAAAAAACAAGUCUCAAGCAUGGCCUCAAGGCGUAGCCAGCAUAAUACAUUUUAUCAAUAUCUUGCUAGUUUAACUGCUGUAAUAUCGAUAUUCAUAAAUGGAAUGCAUUAUGGAUGGUGCUAUAUCUCAUUUCGUACUUUAUUGGCCAAAUCAUCUCCUAUUCACGUUGGAAAAACUGGAUCAAAGUGGUUAAGAAGGGCACCUACAUUUAGUCUCUUAGGAGGAUCUCUAUCGAUGGCUAUAAUAAUCGAUAUUAUUGGUAAACAUAAAAUCAUUCUUCUAUCAGCAGUGCCCCAUCUUAUUUCUUGGAUAAUGAUAUAUAUUGCAACAAACUAUGUAACACUUCUAAUAGCAAGACUAAUAGCAGGAUUUGCAAUUGGUUGGAGCCUCUGAGCAGUUCCUUUAUAUAUUGGGGAAAUAUCGGAGCCUAGAAUAAGAGGUUUACUUUUAUCCUUAAUACCUUUGUCAUGGAUUCUAGGAUCAUUCGUGAUAAAUAUAAUUGGUACCUACUGUAAUAUCAAAAUUACAGCAGCAAUAUCAUGCGUGUUUCCCAUUAUUUCGAUAAUGGUUUUCGCUUCCAUGCCGGAAUCACCUUAUUUUCUCAUUAUGAGAGGAAAGAAGAAGGCCGCCAAAAAAGUUUUGCAAAUUUUAUCCGGAAAAAAAGAUGUGGAGAAAGAUAUUUUGCGCAUAGAAGAAGGCUUCGAAGAAAAUAACUCGACACAGAAAAAUCCGUUGGAUUUAUUUCGUAAAUCCAAUAACAGAAAAGGGAUAAUCAUAAUACUGUGUCUGAAAGCUUUCCAAGAAUUUAGUGGUGACACAGCAAUUAAUGAAUAUAGUCAAUACAUUUUCAAGGAAGCAAAAGUUGACAUUUCUGAAGAAAUAGCCACCUUCAUAUUUUUUGUUGUUGAAUUAGUAGUUACAGGAAUAUCAGCUUUAUUAAUAGACACAUCAGGUCGAAGACGUUUAUUAAUUGUCUCAAGUCUUGGGUCAGCAUUAAGUAUACUAACAGAAGGAAUAUAUUUUUACCUCAAAUUCAAUACCAACAUCGACCUAAGUAAUUUCAAUAUCAUUCCAUUAAUUGCUCUUGUAACUUUUGUGAUCUGUUUCUGCGCAGGACUUAGAGGAAUACAUUUUGUAUUACUUGGCGAGUUGUUUACGCAGACAGUUAAGGCUCCAGCGGUGUGUGUAGCUUAUCUAUCAGAUGAAAUUUUAAUUAUCAUUGUGUCCAAAUUUUUACAGCUUUUUGAAAACAGACUGGAAAUGCAUAUUCCGUUUAUAACUUUUGGAGUUUUUACAUGUAUAGGUAUGGUCUUCAUCAUACUAUACGUUCCUGAGACAAAAGGAAAAACUCUGGAGGAAAUUCAGUAUUCUCUUAAGGCUAAAAAUAAUUGAAUUUCAGAUAAUAGAUAAGCUGCAAAUUUGUAAAUAUAAAUUAUACAUACGCCUUGUACUAAUCAUUCGUUUAACGCGGAACGGAAUAUUUAAUGGUCGUGUAGAUGAGGUUGAUAGGAAUUUUUAUUAACUGUUAUUAUUUCUUUAAUCCUUACAAAAAGUAUAACAUUCUGGUCCAAUUAUUGGCUAUAAUAGAAGCUAUAUAUUAAAAAGCUAAUUUUUGACAUUUGUCGUUUCAACUGUCCACUAUGAAAAUUUACAUGCUUCAUUUAAAUGCCCGUAUUUAACGUUCUCGAAAAUUUGAUUUAUAUUCGGUAUUAAUAUUAAAAAAUAAUGAAUAUUACACAUUUUAUUUGAUAUAUAGACUACCAACAAACGGUUCAGUAUAUUAAGGAAUAAUUGGAAAUUUAAUGAUGUCAGCAAAAAUGAUUUAUAACGACUUUUAUAUUUUUCAUAAUUAUUCAUAAUGAUUCAUACUGAUGGAGCGAGUUUCGGGCUCAAAUAAGUGCAGGUUCAUAUUUAUAGAGUUAUAGAAUCUGGAUUUGACACCUCUCCAUCCCAAAAUAAUAUAUUAGUAUAAAUAUAUUAGGAACAAUGAAAUUUGACGAGGUUGCUAUUGUAACGAUUGAAAAAUUAAUAACCCUAAUUACAAAAAACCAAAAAACACAGUUUUAAAGCACAUGAAACUAGAAAGCUAAUAUAUUUGGUAAGGUUUUCGAAGUUCUUUAUUUCCAGCAUGGAGGUCGGAGGCUAGAGUCCUCUAUCGAACGAAAUUUUUAUUAAAUAAGCCACUUGCUCUUAGUCGAAAGAAGAGUUACAAACAAACCUUUAAACUGCAGAAGCUAAUAUAAGCGUGCUAAGAAAAAAAAAAUGAAUUGAUAGAAUAAAUCUCUUCCCCCAACAGUUUUCCACUCAACCUAAUUAUUAAUCCAUUUAUAAAAGAGAUCAUAUCGUGACAAAUCCGGUGAGGAAAUUGAAUGUGGAUAAAGAGGAUUUUUACGAUUGAAAUCGCGAUGUCAUAAUGAGAAAGAAAGAUGUAGGUUUGCUCUUUAAAUCUCUUGCAUAGCGCAUUGUUACAAAAACUUUCCAAUACAAUUUGAGAAACUCGAAGUCACACUAUUCCAUGAGUCAACCCGAUCGUAGUUACCAAUAAACCUUCUGAUUUAACUUAUAUAUGAUCAAUAUGAACUUCCUUCUAGCAUUUUAUCUAUCUAUAAUCUAUGGAUUACUACGAGACUGCUCUAGCUCAUGUCAAUUUAUUGAUAUUUCGAUGGUUAACCGCAAGCACAACAGGGAAUCUGCAACAUAAUAAAUGAGAGGAGCAUUUUAUGGAUUGAUGAAACUGGCCAAAAAGAGAACUUCUUUUGCAUACACAUGAAUUAACUUAUUUGAAAAUAUCAAAAAACGUUCACAGUGGAAAGAAUUGUAUGUCUUGAUUAGCUCGGUUUUCUUUGAAUAUAUAAUAAGAAUAAAAACCUCACACCUCUGCUAAACGUUCACCAAUAGUCUGCUAAUAUAGCAAGGCUCCACUUUCGCUGAUAACGCUAUCCUAUGCCUGCUAUCUACUAGUGGAAACGUUCACUCCACUCCACCAAGUCAUCGCAAACAUUGAGGUCAAAAUUUAAAUGCGAUUCCAGAAUGUGUAUUUUAUUGUGUUUUCAAUAAAUGUAUAUCUCUAAGUCGUUUAAUUCGGGCUAAAUGAUUAAUUGAGGUUCAGAUGAGUUGAAAAAGUCUAAUUCUAGAUCUGUGCUGUCGUAGUUUCACGUAUCACCUUCUGUUGCGUCGACGAAAAGCGCUGUAGAAAUUGAAUAGUAAUCGUCUUGUGGUUGAGGUUUUUGAGCUGACCUGGUUUGAAUAUAAUUAUUUUUCUUUUUUUUACGAGUGUUGAGCUCUACAGCUCUGAUCAUACAAACAAACUACAAGAUAAUUUUUCCUGAUCAUCGUUUAGACAAUCCCUCAAAAUUCGAGGAACUCAACUGCGCAGCCAAAAUAUAGUUAGUAUGAGAUGAAAAUAAAAUGAAAUAACUGAAAAGAAAAUUACUAUGAUAAAACAAGGAGGUGUUGAUGUUUUAAAAUGUUGCGUUUUGUAACCACUAGAUCUGAUUCUUUUUAUAUAAACUUUAAAUGGCUAUCUACCGUAAGGUGGACGGUAGUAUCUCUCGCUGAGUCUCUUAUAUAGAUGAGUGAAAUAUAUGGACGGUAGUGGCUCUCGCUGAGUUUCUUAUAUAGAUGACUAAAAUAUAAAUGCCGUACGUGUGACUAGGAUAGCAUAACCGGUGAAGAGUCUAGCGCGAUACUAUGGUUCCAAAAAUUACUCAAUGAGUGGGUCUUCCUUUCCUGUUUUACUACUUUCCCCAUAUACCUAACUCGUUAAAAAUUUAGGACUCGAUAUUACUGGUUAUAAUCCUUCAGUUCGUUACAAAAUAAGAGUUGAUUUAAGAAUGUCAUGAAAAGUACCCCAUCGUUUUAUUAUGACAAUAAAUUUCUAAUCAAUAAUGUUAUUAUUAUGCCAAGAAUUAGUUUGAGUUGAAGCAUAAACGCAUUUCCAUUGGCCGAAGCUGUAUCUACAGAAUUUCUGCCAGAGAUAGUUUUCGACCAGUAGCUUCGUUUGGUGAGAUUUAUGUAAUUCAUAAAUUUCUUUAAAUAAAUAAAAAUAUGGCGUUCUUCAGACCAUGGGCGAAUGGAGACAAUGAAUUGUAGUGUAGUGGGAAUUAAGACAGGUAUGAAUUUAAUAAUGAAGAUUUAGAUAUACAAAUACAGCGAGUUAUUUUAAAUAUGUUCGAAUGUUUAAAAAAGGAAAAUAUUUAGCAAUCAUAAUAAGAAUUGCUGAAUUAACUAGAAUAAAUGAAUUUUCCAUUUAUCGAGUAGUAACAAAAGGGGUUGCUGAGGAUUAAUCACAGAACCCAAAACUAUGUAAAGAAAAAUUGAAAUCAGUUUACAAAACUACUCAAGUUUUCAUACGUAAGACAAUUUAUAGUUCAUAAAAGGCGAACAGUGUUGCGAUAUUAGAGGUGAUACACUUCUAAUAUCAAGGUAGCAGGUUAUCCAGAAUACAAUUAUACCGGUUUAGAAAUAUUGCGUCAAGUUUUUUCAGUAUAUGGUUUCAAACCAAUAACCAAAUCGUCAAGGAUAGUUCGAUUAAAGGCUACUAAGGUUUAAUAGACACAUAAUUUAUCUAGAUGAAAUAUGAUUUGACAGUUACGAUAUAGUGAAUUUCGGUUGGGUUGACAAUAGUAAAAAUUGCUGUUUGAUGUGGCCAUAUUUUAAGGGACGCACAUUAUAAUACUUCACGCUGGAAACAAAGACGGUUUCGUGACCAAUGCUUUAUUAAUAUCUGUUAAAAAAAUUAAAAA